AAUCAUUCGUGCUUUUCCACAUUUACUUAAGAGUCGUACUCGAGCAGGAGAACUUCUGAAGUCAUUCAGAGCAUUUGGAUGCCCGCAUCCUGUUCGUAUAGGUCCUAGAAACUUUACGACUACUUCUGUGACCAUGGCUAACAAAACUGCUUGCGUGCUGCUUGCACAAGGGGCCGAGGAGAUGGAAGCUGUCAUUGCUAUCGACUGCCUGCGCAGAGCCGGCAUAACUGUCACGGUUGUUGGGGUCGAUGCAACCCAGGUGAAAUGCAGCCGUGAGGUCACGAUCGUUGCCGACAAGGCACUUGCCGACGUGGAGAACCAGAUAUUCGAUGUGGUUGUCCUUCCUGGAGGCCUCCAAGGAGCGAAAACGCUCUCAGCAAACCCUACUGUCGGGAAGAUGCUAAAAGUUCAAGAAGGCGCCGGACGCAUCGUGGCGGCCAUCUGCGCUGCUCCAAUGGCACUGGCAGCUCACGGAAUCGGCAAAGGAAAGAAUGCUACAAUUUACCCCACCAUGGAGAGUCACUUGCCGGGGUACAACUGCAAGGAUGACAACGUUGUGGUGGAUGGCAAAAUGAUUACUUCUCGUGGUCCUGGCACUGCGUUCCAAUUUGCACUCAGAAUCAUUAAGGAACUUCUCGGAGAAGAAAAGGCGAAAAGCGUUGCCAAGCCAAUGCUAGUCGAUUUUUAACAAGCUUUCCUAUGUUGUCAUGCAAAAAGUAAUAAAAGUAGCAGUUAUAGUAGAGGAAUUUCA